UUUGGACUCGGCCACCUGCCCCCACCACUGGCUACUGCCUCCAAUCUGGCCACGACGCACAGCACGACAAUCGAUGUGGAUGGGAUGGCGCCUUUAUCCCCAAAUCCCACUCCACAGCUGUCAGCUGUCCCUCCUGGCCUAGUGAUAUCACCACUCAACCCACCCCUGACCAAUAUGGGAACCAUUCUUUCUCAACAACGGUUGACCUCGGCCAACCAGGUGCCCGUUUCCUAUGCAAACGCGGUUCAGCAGCCCGUCACAAGUGACUCAAACUCGGGAUUCUGGUUUAUCCCCACAAAAGUUCCUCGGGUUGCUUUGGUAUGUGAGGGCAAGCUUUAUCAUCUGGGUUCUACCUUUGCAUCUGCGGUCCUAAAUCCAUAUUUGUCCUCCAUCUCCUCCUCCUUUCUCCUCCCCUUCCUCCUUUAUCGUUCGUUCUCCUCCAAUUUCUACUCCUAUCGCUCCUCCUCUCCGCCUCCUGCUCUUAUCCCCCCACCUCUCACUCUCCUUCCUUUCCUCUUCUCUCGUUCAUUCAUCUCCAAUUUCCCCUCCUAUCGCUCCUCCUCCUCUUCUUCCUGCGCUCACCCUCCCCCUCUACCCCUUCUCCUGUCUCGUUCACGCUCCUCCCAUUUCUACUCCUAUCGCUCCUCCACCUCCUUAUCCUUCUCUCUCUCGAUAGGGAAAAUUGCUCUCCCUUUGAAAUGCAGACAUGGUAAGUUUCUUUGCACCAGCACCCACUUUUCCUACGUGUCGUACCAGCUAGAAAGCUGUGACGCCACAGUGCAGUAA